UUAAUUAAAAAAGAAAAGAAAGAAAGAUAAAAAAAUAUAAAAUACAAAAUGUAAUAACAAGACUAAAGCGAUGCAAAUAACGCAGUAUUAACAGUCAAUUUUCACGUAUGUGUCCGUAUGAAGCCUACAAACAACUAAUCGUUUGAAAACUCAGGGCAUGUAGAAAGUUAAAAAUAUAUUCGUAGUGGUGUAGGCAAUUCAAUAUUAUUAGUAUAACCACACUCGACAUAAGGAGACACAGUAUUCAUUUAUGAUAAAGUAUUUGAUUCAAAAACCUAAACUUAAGCAAUAUUCGACACAACAGUCCGUUAAUGUUUAGAAGGCUCAUUAUUUAAAGGUUUCAGUCAUACAAUACUAGUCUAUGGAAUGACAGGUUCAGGUAAAACAUAUACUAUGUUUGGUGACAAUUUCGAGGCUUGCACUUUAAACGGAGAAAUAAGUAAUAGUUAGAAAAAAUUCGAUGGACAAAAAGAAAUAGGUUACGAAGAAGAUUUAGAUGUAUUAAAAUAAUAACAAUAAGUUCCUAUAAAUGAUUAAGAAAUAUGCAAAACAGGAAUAGUAUCUGAAACAAUAAAAUAUGUUCUAAAUUAAGGAUAAAACCGAACUAAAAUAAAAAUAAGUUAUCUAGAAAUAUAUAAUGAGUAAAUCAGAGAUCUACUUGCUACAGAUAAUCUGAAUUCUGAAAAUUUAGUUUUAUUAGAAGAUCCUGAAAAAGGUGUAUAUUGUCCACUUUUAAUCGAAAAACAAAUAUAAAAUCUAGAUUAAAUAUAAUAAUUAAUAAAAUAUGGUAAUAAAAGAAGAAUAAUGGCAAGUACUAAAAUGAAUCAAUUCUCUUCACGUUCACACGCAAUUAUUAUUUUAAAUUUAGAAAUAAAUGUUGCUUGUAGUGGAUAUUAAACAACUUUAAUUACACCGAAACUAUACAUGGUUGAUUUAGCUGGAAGUGAAAAAGCAGCGGCUACUUAAGAUAGUAAAAGUGUAAGACAAAAAGAAGGUUCCAAUAUAAAUAAAUCUUUACUUUCCUUAGGAAAUUGUAUAAAUAUACUUUCAUAAUAGACUGAUAAAUCUAAAAAACACGUUCCUUAUAGAGAUUCUAAAUUAACAAGAUUGUUGAAAGAAAGUUUAGGAGGAAAUGCAAAGACAUUAUUUAUAGCUUGUGUUACCCCUGCAUUUAAAUUUGUUGAAGAAACAAUAAAUACUUUAAAAUAUGCCUAAAGAGCUAAAACUAUUAAAAAGGAAGUAUACGAAAACAUAAAAGAAAUAUAUCAUAACGACUAACAAGAAGUUAUUUAAAGAAUGCAUUAUGAAGCUGAAUAAAUGAAACUUUUAUAAGAAUAAUAAAGAAGAGAAUAAGAGGCAUUAUUAUUACUCUAAAUGUAAAUGCAAUAAGAAGAAGAAAGAAGAAGACUAUAAGAAGAGGAGAUUCAAUAAUAACUUAUUCUUUAAAAGCAACAAGAGGAAAUUGAAAAAUAUUCAUUUCAAAAUGAAUUUAUAAAACUAAGUUAAUAAUUUGAAGAAAUCCUCUAUAGAGGAAAAGAACUUGAAUUUAACUUUAAAGAAAAUACCUAAUAAAAAGAAUAAAACGAGCGUACUUUGCAUGAAACCAUGGAUUCAAUAAACCCAGUCGGAAUGCCUUAAAAAGAAGUAAAGUUUAGACUCGAUAAAGUUGAUAAUUUAUAAUAGAGUGUGUCAUAAUUAGAUGAAAUAAUAUCUAAAUUGAAUAAAGAAAUGAUAGAAAAUAAUUAACAGAAAAAAAUAAUCAAAAAAAAAUUGCACGAUUUAUUUGAAACUAAAUUUAUUGAAGACUGUUAAUAAUUAACAAAUUAUCAUCUAUAUAAUACAUUUGAGUAAGAAAAAUAAAAACUAGAAGAAAAAAUUAUAAACUUAUAAGAAAGUUAAAUAUAAUACAAACAAAAUGACAAAAUUAAAGUUUAUUAAAUCCAAAAAUUAUAAGAAGAGCUUAAUUAACUUCGUAUAUCUUAAAAAAGAAGACAAAACAGAUAAUCUAAAUGUCAAGUUAGCAUCAAAUCAAGUAGUAGUUUAAGAGAUGGAGCAAGAGGUAUUACUCCAAAAACAUUAAACUAAUAAUAAUAAAAAAACUAUUUAUAAUUCUAAACUUAUGUACCUUCUACUUAAAUAUCCGUUUAGACAAUUAGAAAUAGCUUUAUUUAAGGAAAUUAAAAUAGAAACUCGAAAAUCGCAAAUAGAGAAAGUGAUAUUAACUGUUCUCCUACAUAAAGGGAAUAUGAAGAAUACUAAAGGAAAUCUUUCAUUUUGGAAUCAUAGCUUAAAGUAGAAAAAACUCCUUUCGAAAAUGGCUUUUAGAAUAAUAAUUCUCCUAUAACAACAAAUAAUAAUAGGACAUCUAUGAACAAAAAUACUUAUAAAAAUUCUUAUUUAGAAAAUGAAAGUAAUAAUAAUAGUGGAAUUAUUAAAAAAAACACUUAUGAAAAUAGUAAUAAUAACUAUGAAUAAUAAGAUAAUAAUAGAAUUAGUUCGCCUAAUAAAAAUGCUUAAUUUUAAUCUCCUAAUAGGCCUAUUUCGAAAUUUAAAAAUAAUACUGCAUAAAUCACUCCUUAUCUUCUCUUAUUUUACUUCUUUAACUGA